UGUGCUGUGCUGUGCUGUACACUCGAGUCUCCUCCCAACGCGUCUGUUAAAAGGACGCGUAACGUCAUACGAAUAAGGUGCACAGCGCUGACCCGCGGCAGCCGUUCGCGACACCAUCUGAGACGCGCGUGGGCUGCGCGGGGCCCCCCGGGGAGCCGCAGUCCGUUCCGGUGGCUGCAGGCGGCCGCUGGCGCGGUGCCACCUUUAUACACAUUUCACUUAUCCAUAAUCAUAUGGUAUAUUAUACGUAAAUGUAUCUAUGUUUUUACAUUAGUCAUUUAGCUGACAGAUUAUAUUAUACAUAUAAUACAUACAUUUAAUAGCAUGAUCCGUUACCUUGUCGUUAAUUGUCAAAAAACUAUUCCGCUAAAAACAUGAUGCAUUGCUGAUUGCAGGGGCGACAGCGCUUCUUACUUUGGUUCAAAUAAUCUGUGUAAUUUUGUUCAAUUUAUUUGCCGUAGAGCGUGAAUCGAUGGGAUUUUUGAGCGGAAGCGGUAAACGGCUCAAAUUUACCCUCCUUCAGGCUUCACGGCGCCGACAAACACACUUUUAAAAAAAAAAAAAGUGGCCGUUUUUAAACGUCUGCCUGAUGAUGCGAUGCCGCGUGUGUCCGUCCGUCCGUCCGUCCUUAGAAGCGCUUGCUGCACUUUACACUUACAGGUUCAAGAAGCGUUACUUCGCCGCGUCGCGCCGCACGUUCGCUUCCACGCGCGGUUAUAAAAAGAACUGCGUUUGCGCGCCGAUGAUGUAUGUCGCCUCGCCGAACGGCUGCCCACGCACGAAGUUACAAGGAGCCCCCGAUUGGUGGCAAUGAUGACCCGCGUGUUCGUGCCCGGAGAGGCUCCGAGCCCACAAGUCACACACACACUGUGUGGUGGCGAGCGCGCGCACUGCAAGCAGCGAACACUGAGCAGAUCGGAUCGGAUCAGAUCAGCUCGGAUCCCCCCCAUCAGCCCUCCGCAGCACCGCGGCACGCGCACACUGACAGACACACUGACACGCACGCACGCACGCACGCACACAGAGAGAGGCGCGCGAGCGCGCACACACCUCAUCCAGACGUACUUAUCGUAGUGUAGCUCGUCGGGAGGCAGAGACGCGAUCGAGCCCCGCGGACGGACGGACGGACGGAGACAUGGCGACCACGACCUGCACGCGAUUUACGGACGAGUACCAGCUGUACGAGGAGCUCGGGAAGGGGGCCUUUUCGGUGGUGCGCCGCUGCGUCAAGCUGUGCACGGGCCAGGAAUACGCUGCAAAAAUCAUCAACACCAAAAAGUUGUCUGCGAGAGACCAUCAAAAGCUGGAGCGUGAAGCUCGUAUCUGUCGCCUGCUUAAGCAUCCCAAUAUCGUCCGUCUCCAUGACAGUAUAUCAGAAGAAGGUUUCCACUACCUCCUCUUUGACUUGGUCACUGGAGGGGAGCUUUUCGAAGACAUAGUCGCCAGGGAGUAUUACAGUGAGGCAGAUGCCAGUCAUUGCAUCCAGCAGAUCCUGGAGGCGGUGCUUCACUGCCACCAAAUGGGCGUGGUGCACCGGGACCUGAAGCCAGAGAACCUGCUCCUGGCCAGUAAGUGCAAGAAUGCCGCCGUCAAGCUGGCCGACUUUGGGCUGGCUAUCGAAGUCCAGGGAGAUCAGCAGGCCUGGUUCGGGUUUGCAGGGACUCCUGGGUAUCUGUCCCCAGAGGUGCUAAGAAAGGAGGCCUAUGGCAAGCCGGUGGACAUCUGGGCAUGUGGUGUGAUCCUGUACAUCCUACUGGUGGGUUACCCGCCCUUCUGGGAUGAGGACCAGCACAAGCUGUACCAGCAGAUCAAGGCUGGGGCUUAUGAUUUCCCCUCUCCGGAGUGGGACACCGUCACCCCCGAGGCCAAGAACCUGAUCAACCAGAUGCUGACCAUCAACCCAGCCAAAAGGAUCACAGCCCAGGAGGCCCUCAAACAUCCAUGGGUCUGCCAACGCUCGACGGUGGCCUCCAUGAUGCACAGACAGGAGACGGUGGAGUGUCUCAAGAAGUUCAACGCCAGGAGGAAACUCAAGGGUGCCAUUCUCACCACGAUGCUGGUAUCGCGUAACUUCUCCGUGGGUCGGCAGACCACCGCUCCGGCUACUGUCUCGGCCGCUGCAGCCGCCGCAGCCGCCGCCGCCGGCACGACUGCAGGGCUGGUGGAACAAGCAGCCAAGAGUCUACUCAAUAAAAAAGCAGACGUCAAGCCGCAGUCAAACAGCACGAAAAACAGCAUAGUCACCAGCCCCAAGGGAAACACCCCUUCUCCUGCUCUGGAGCCUCAGACCACUGUUAUCCAUAACCCAGUGGAUGGGAUAAAGGAGUCGUCGGACAGCAGCAACACCACCAUCGAAGAUGAGGACGUUAAAGGGAAGAACCUAGAUAGCGCGUCAGUUAAGGCUCAGUCCAGCAGCGGCUCUCAGCACGAGGCGGCCCCGCAAAGCCCCUCCCCCGCCGUUUUCUCCUCCAAGCUGACGGACAUCCUGGGCUGUGUGCGCAGGGGCUCGGGCCCCGUGUCUGACGGAGAGGGUGGGGUCAGCAACCCCCCCCCAGCUCCACCCGCCCCAUCCCCACCCCACAACCCCCUCGCUCCCAUGCAGGCGCGCAAGCAGGAGAUCAUCAAGAUCACGGAGCAGCUGAUCGAGGCAGUGAACAACGGGGACUUUGAGGCUUACGCGAAGAUCUGUGACCCUGGUUUGACCUCCUUUGAACCUGAGGCCCUGGGCAACCUGGUGGAGGGGAUGGACUUCCAUAGGUUCUACUUUGAAAACUUGCUAUCGAAGAACAGCAAGCCCAUCCACACCACCAUCCUGAAUCCACACGUGCACCUCAUCGGUGAGGACGCCGCCUGCAUCGCUUACAUCCGGCUGACGCAGUUCGUGGACGGACAGGGCCGACCGCGCAGCAGUCAGUCGGAGGAGACGCGCGUGUGGCACCGCCGGGACUCCAAGUGGCAGAACGUGCACUUCCACUGCUCCGGCGCCCCGGCUGCGCCACUCCAGUGAAGGGGGGGACGUCCGUAGCCACGUUUGACAAGAGAGCCCACCUGGAGAGAGGAAAGGAGGGAGGAGGCGGAGAACGAGUCCCGGGUUGGAGAGCCCUCCCACUCCGGACGCCCGUCCUCGCCCCGCAUGCACAUCUUCUAUUACAGCUACCGCCACCUGCUGGGCUGCCCUUGGUACUGCGCCUGUCAGUCGACAGUCCAGCCGGACCCCCGCACACACCCCGCUUCACCCCGCUGCACAGUGAGAACGGCCCCGCCCGCCUUGCCCCACGCACCCUUCAGCCCACCCCCUGCCCCCGCCAUCAAUAGCCACAAGAGCGCCACAGACCAAGACGUCCCACAGCAGUAGUAGCAGCAGCUGGCAUCUCGAUGAGGAAAAGACUCUUUAAUUAAUGCUCCAGUAUCACAGCCCUCACCGUGUCUGUUUCCUGUUGCCCUUUUCAUCAUGUCAGAAAGGGACUGUGCCACAGUGCACAGGUACCUAUUACUGUAUGUAAAGUUUUCAAGUAAAACAUUAUUAUUAUUAUCAUUAUUAUUAUUAUUAUUAUUAUUAUUAUUAUUGUAGCGAUUGUAUAUUUAAUUGGUACAAUUCAUAUUCUUGAUGCCAGUGGUUUCUAGAGUUUAAGAGAAUUUAAUUGAAACAUUUUUUUCUUUUUCUCUUUUUAAGAAAGCAUGACUUUUUCUAGUAUUCACAGUGGCUGUUUUUUAUCGUGCUUGGAAAAACAAAUCGACUUUGUCAGUUUGGACCUGCUUUUUAUCCGUUCGAGACGAUUCUGGGAAGCCUAGCGUUCAAGUGAGAGUGGGGUUGUUGGCCUUUUUUGGUUGUUGUUGCUUUUCGGAGGUUGCACGUUGCCCGAGAGCGGCCGCUGGCUCGAAUUUCAGCCCCAAGACUCUUCUUUGAGGCUUGACCGGCGCAGGUCUUCUCGCCUCCGGUCGUCUCCUUUUUUUCCGUCCUCCUUAAUCGACUGAAGGUGUGAGACUCGGCUGGGGGGUCGGGGGGGGUCGUUACUUUCUUUAUUAUUGCUUCGUUUUCUUUGUCCUGUGUAUGACGUGUCACGAGGACGAAGUAUCGGUCUCCCAGCGCGGAAGGUUUUGGCCGUCGGAUGACGAGGUUCGAGUCCCGCCAACACGGUGACUGUUAACGUCACCCGUACGCUGCUGCUGUUCUCCGUGCACACAACCCUCCUACGCCCUGCACUACAAAGCUCUGGCUGGCCCUCACUUCUCCAGUCCCUGCACUCCACUCCACUCCACUCCACUCCCAUCCCACAACCCCCUUCCUCCCCCAAAAGUCUGCAGUUUCUCAGUGUUUCUGCCCCCUAGUGGCUCCCCCCGGCAGUGCGAUUGCAUCCAUCUCCCAGUGGGGUCAGGUGUGCAGCAGUCGCCGCCACUUUGGCCUCUGCGGUGUAGCACUUGCAGCACUACGCUGACGACCCCCCACCCCCCACCCCACCUCCACAGCCUCCCAUACGCACUGAAAGUCUUGCUAGAGAUCAGGUGCAGCGUUCGGUGACGGCUCACUAAGCGGGAGGAUGGGAACGCCGCGGAGAUGGCGUCAGCCGGACCCGGCCAGCAGGGUGCUUCCUGCAGGGAAGGGGGUGGGGUCUGAAUUGUACGGAGGGUGCGGUGCUCACGUUGAAAAUGUCUUAAAAGGAGCCACGCAGGGUUUUGCUCCCUCGCCGUGGUACAUGUGGGCUUUUGGCCAAGGGUCAAAAGGUGGACGAAGUGGACAGCGCUGCGACGGCAGGGGCCGCGGCAGAGUGCAUCACGUGUCGGUUUUAGGGCUUUUUGUCAAGGUAGAGUGUGGGCAAGCGAUCGAGUGGACUGACGGAAAGGUCGGUCGAUGGAUUUGCGAACAGCGCAGAGGGAAAUGAAGUGAGAGUAGAGCUCCUGCAAGGCAGCCUGUUGGACCGUUGGGCUGAUGACUCUUCUUGUCGUUAUUUAUUUUGGAAUGCUAGCUCUGGAUUCUUUUUUUUUUUUUUUUUUGUAUUUACUCUUUGGGAACUCGAAGACAUGCUUUUCAUAGCCUUUUUAACAAGUUACUAUUAAUACCGUUGGUUUGCUUCUAAUUCUUGUUUUAUUGUUAGGCGAUGAAAGGUUAGAAUUUGGAAAUGAGAUGCAAAGCGGUUAAGGUGUUUUUUGAGCGGUGAAAGAGGACCGUGAUGCCAGCGGCAGGUGCUCAGGACAAGUCUGAUAAUGGCUGUUAUGGAAAAGCGUCCCUUCGCACAGCACCUGGUAGUUACCUGGGGAAACCGCGGUCAGAUUCCAUCAGCCGUCCUGCAGCAGCACGGUGUUUGUACACCAAUGUGCUGGUAAACGUUGGGUCUUUGGCUUUGGCACAGUGUGUGUGAGUUGUGACAUGAGAGUUGGAUUUUACCCGCAUGUUGAGGGAGAUACUACGGUGCACAGCCACUUUGCACUACAACCACCGAGACCUCACAGUCCCGGGUUCGAAGCAGAAGCGGACUGUUGCUGCCGCUCAGCGGCGUUGGUGAGUCUGUCAGUUAGUCCUCAGGUCAUUUAAUGUGUUUCUUCUAUUACUUACUGUUUGCAUUUAUUUUUUUACAUUUGUGUGAUUUGUGUGUGUGUGUGUGUGUGUGUGUGCGCAUCGGUCACAUCACACUCCCUGUGAAUUUCUUUGAGGUUUACUCUGCUUCAUCUGAGCGCAAAGGGCUGAAGGAGCUUUGCAUGCAAGCAGCACCUUUGUUUGCAUCCGAAUCCCUGCGAGACAGAACUCAUAAGUAGGGGCAAGGAGACGGAUGCGUAUUGACGUUACGAAACUUCUGAAGGUGUUUUCAACGAGUUGGUUCCCUCCUUUCGUUCAUUACAUUUUUUUGUUGUUGUCGUUGUUGUUGAAAUUUUAUUUUUACUUUGUUCUGGCAAAAUGUGAAGUCGUGUUUUGAGUUUUUUGGACCCCCCAUGCUUUGAUUUGGGGAAACAAAAGAUGGACAGAUGCCACAAACCUCUUCCCCUUGGAGACAAGAGACGAAGCAGCAUGUUGCCAAAGUGUUGUUCUUUCGUUCCGUGUGUUUAGCAUUGCAAAUAAUCAUGAAAAAAAAUAAUAAAAAACUAACUUUUAAAAAGAUUAUAUAUUGUAAAACUACAGUUAUCUAGUGAUAUCAUAAAUGGCAUUUAUUUGCAUGACAUUCAACUGGGACAAGUUUUCGGUGUUUUCGAUUUCUUUUGUUUAUUUUUUACUGAAUGCUGGUAAACUAUGAAUCUAUUUAUCUAUUUUCUGAGCUUUGUAAGUGCAUAAAACUAUUUUUGUCUCAAGAUUAUACUUACCAUGAUGACGACGAUCAUGAUGAUGACGAUGAUGAUGAUGAUGAUGAACAUGUAAUGAUUGUACAGCAUGCUUUUGUACAGCGCUCAUUGUUGUCACAGCAGAGGGGGCUCUUCGCACCCGUCGCACUGAAUGGGUCAGCGAAAUGCAGAACAACACCAACCACGGACAUACCGAUCUUAGUAGCAGCUCAGCACUUUCCCUCCACACUUUGCUGAGCUGCAUGUUCUCAUGAACGUGGUUUAACCUUAUUGGUCUUUUGUGACACAGGCUGCGCAUUGACCUUCUUCCAGUCAGCAUCCAGUAGAUGGUACCAGUGUCUGUGGGGAAGCAAAGCAGAGAACUUUUUGGGGUAUCGCUGAGGCCUAGUGCAGCCACACACACACACACACACACACACACACACAAUCAUGUUUACUCGAAGAGGGCCGAGCCUGUAAUUGUUAGACUAGUCGGCAGUCGCCAGUGUGGCUCCGCUGCGACUCAGUAUCGAAUCUGGGCCAAGAUCGAUGAACUGGAUCUUCCUCCGAGCACCGUCUUGCUUCCCUCGUAUGUCGUAGGUGUGUAAGGAAUAAAAGGCAACGGGCCGUGCGGUCGAUGUACAUUUGCGAGGCGACCGUCUCAUAGCCGAGGCUUGUGGCACCACUUCCUUUGAGACCGAAUUUGGGCUUUAGGAUGACAGGCCGUCACCUUUCUGAAGGUCCCGAUCUUUCUCCGGACAAGGGAAAUAACGCAAACGUCUGCUGUCGUCGCUCGAAGGUGCUCGGAAGCUCCGUACUUUGCAAACGUGUUGAGCGUCGCGUGUGAAAUAAACCGUCGGGAGGUGUGUCUGCUGCUCGAUGGGAACUUCGCUCCAAUGAAACGUUUCUUAGAUUCGGUGGUAAAGGCAGCAUUGUUUGGGGGUUUAUUGCAAACGCUCAGCAAGGGGGAGCUACUUCUCAGCUCUGUAGUUUAGGAAGAGUGACAAAAGGCCUCCCAUCCAUCCACAAUUGAGCGUUCAGCUGCACACGUGACGGUACCAUGAACCAGGACGUGUUCCUACCUUAAGAUCAAUGAGCGAUAAUACUGCAUUUUGUCGUGACAUCCCCCCCACCAUAACUCGUCUCUCGAGAGGUUGUAUUUUAAUUCCGGACGUGCUCCGCAGAAUGCCGAUCCAUUGCGUGUUGCCUCCUAUGCACUCUCGCACCGCCGCCGUUACAGACACACUGGCACAGCGGAGGUGCCACACUGGCUGCAGCCUGUCCGGCUGCGUUUGCCCCGCACAGGAAGCGACCAAGAUGUGCACUUUGACGCAGACGCAUCAUCUCACAUCUCGUCAGGUGACGCCGCGCUGCUCUGACAACAGUGAGCCCAUAACUCUUUGUAGUGUUUCUUUAACUCUCUUCCUCGCUCCCCCUCCUUUUGUUGAACUUCUCAUACAUAGUUUCUCUACAGAUGAGCCUUUAUAUUCGUCCGUUUCCUUUCUUCUUUUUUCUCAGCUGGGGUUUCUAUAUAUAUAAGAUGAUGUGAAUCCUACUGUAUAUCUCUCUGAUUCCACUAUGACUGCUCUGUUCUCUGAUGUACUCUGUGUUCUCUAACCCUAAGGAAAUGUGUUAAGAUGUUAUCAAUAAAUUAAUGACUUCAGUACCGAGAUGGUGCCGCA